CGUUAUUAUAUUAUUGAUCCGACCGGAUUAGGAAGUUAGAAUUCUAAAUAAAGUGAUGUUUGCUUCAACACUGAAUCAUACGGAAGCAUUUCUGAAAAGCAUAUGCUGUGAUCAAUGUCAUCAGCCAUCAGAUAAGUUGCAGUUUAUUGGAUCAUCCUGCAAGCAUGUAUUUUGCUGGACAUGUAUCAACGCAAUUUGUGAUAACAAGUAUUUCCCAUUAUGUCCGCAAUGUUUACUACCUGUUGGAUUACAGCACGUGAAGUCAGCGGCUUUUGCUGAUCAGCUUUUCCAAAAUCUUUUAUCUCUGAAGGAAGCUCUUGCUAAAUUCACCGUUUCUCAAUUUGAUCGGCAAAUUAUGCUUAGCUUGGUUGAAACAGAUGAACAGCGAAGAACUGUAGAAGAGUUUUGUUCUACGCAAGAAUGUGUUGGAACCAAGGAUGAUUUUAAUCGUGCGAUCAUAAGUGUACACUCGAAAGAGCUACCGUCAGAAGCAACUCCUGCUUCGAACGAUGAUGUUUUGGGUUUUGCUGGAACUUCCGUCCAAAAUGAUAUUCUAAUGACUCAGCAGUUGCGUGUUUAUGAUGAACCAGGAAAUUUUCAGUUCUUCAAAGAACCGCCCAGAAAUACUUUCGGUAAAACUGUGGCAAAAAAGAGGGUGCCCAGUGAUUCGGAACAUGGAUUGAAAAGCCGGAGUGCCAAGAAUUCGGACUCAUUAACAACAGCAAAAGCACAUAAUUCUCACAAAUCACCAUCUCAACGCUACGCAUAUAAUCUAGUGAAUGCAGCUAUACGUGGAUCAAAAAAGAAGCUUCUGGAAGCUAUAGAGAAUGGAGAAGAUGCUAAUGAGAGUGAUAAUCUUGGUUUGACGGCGCUUUAUCAUGCCGCAGCUCAUAAUUACACCGAAAUUUGCAAAAUUUUGAUUGAAAAUGGUGCUCUUAUCAAUGCACAUGUUGGAGAGUUAUGCGAAACAGCACUUCACGCAGCGGUGCGUUGGCAUGCUGUUGAUGUUACGGAAUAUUUGUUAUCGAAAGGAGCAAAUAGACGAGCGCAUAACUUGAAAGAUGAAACACCGAUGGAUUUCAUUAAUGAUGAUGAAAUACGAGCAAUAUUUGGCAGAAUUUCCGAUUCGGUUCAAAAUGUAUAUCCUUCUCGCAAAUGCAAGAAGCAUUCCGUAUUCCUAUCGAAAACAUUACCAGAUGUAAAACUCGAGAGCGGCAAACUUUUAUUCAAUGACCUCUCAAAAGAUACCAUGAAUUUUGAAACUGCGACACAUUUAGUUGUUCAGGCAGUGGAAAACCAAGCAGCAGAAACCACUGUUGAAAUUUUGGAAGCUAUGCUUCGUGGACAAUAUAUUUUAACAAGUGAUUGGUUGGAUGCAUGUUUGGAAGCAAAUGAUGUCGUGGAUGAAAAGAUGUAUGAAAUUACAGCAAUUAAUCAUAAUGGUCAACUGCUUGCCAAAAAUUCAUGUUCUACAGCUAGGGAAAAUUAUGCUAGAAUGGAACCAGGGCUGUUUCGAGGGUGUCAAUUUUAUUUUUGUAAGCAUAAAUAUUUACCAUAUCGAGACAGUGAAAUCAAGAAAUUGGUUCAGUUGGCUGGAGGUGUGAUACUCGGAAGAGAGCCCAAAGUGGAAGAAUAUAUUGAGAGUGGGUUAAGACCAUAUCAUGCACGAAGAGCAGAAUAUAAUUCGAAUAAACUAUCCGGUUUGUUUGCGGUAUAUAUGCCAGGGCAAUCUAUUCCACAGCGGGUUGUGAAGCAGAAAUUUAUCAGCCUUAUUACACCAAUUUGGAUAAUGGAAUGUAUCGCAAAGUUUACACUUUUGCAACCCGAAGACCGGUGAAAUGUUUCCAGAAACAAUGGAAGUGAUAUAAUUUCCUCAUCCUCUAUUGUUCUUAUUCUAUAAA